CUUUUCAACCGGCCUAUCCUUGGCAACAUUAAUUUCUCCUUUUUAUUCUUCAUCUAAGGCCUUAAGCUAGCAUCUUAAUCGAUCAUAUUUAUCUUCUAACGUCUCUCUGAAGAAACCAGUUGCUAAUUGAAAGGAUAGCUAGCUAGCUGCGCAUGCUAUAGAUAUGGCGGGCUCGCUCAACUUCACCAACGAAACUGCUCUAAAGGUCAUAGACGAAUACAAGCACUGUGGACAUUCAGAAGCUGUGACCAAAAACUUCAAUAAGAUUGGACAGAUGGCGACUUGUACUCCGUGGAAAGAUUCCCUCGUUAAAAGAGGCACGGGAGGAUGGAAAUAUACAAGCAUCUUGCUAGCAAACCAAGCCCUGGCGACGCUAGCAUUCUUUGGAGUUGCUGUGAACUUGGUUUUGUUCUUAACCAGAGUUCUUGGUGAAGAAAGUGCUAAUGCUGCCAAUAGUGUUAGCAAGUGGACUGGAACUGUUUACUUGUUCUCGUUGUUUGGAGCAUUCCUCAGCGACUCCUACUGGGGCCGUUACUUGACCUGCGCUGUCUUUCAAAUCAUUCUUGUUGCGGGCUUGGGGCUGUUGUCACUCACGUCUUGGCUUUUCAUGAUCAAACCAUCAGGAUGCGGUGAUGGAAAACUAGAUUGCAUGCCCACAUCUUCAAUCGGCAUAGCCAUUUUUUAUUUAUCUAUAUAUUUAGUAGCUUUUGGAUAUGGUGGGCACCAGCCUGCUCUAGCCACGUUCGGAGCAGACCAAUUUGAUGGGGAAAACCCUAAAGAAAAAGGAUCGAAAGCGGCUUUCUUUGGCUAUUUUUAUUUUGCACUCAACGCAGGGUCUCUUUUGUCAAACACUAUUUUGGUCUACUACGAAGACACUGGGAGAUGGACACUUGGGUUUUUGGCAUCCUUAGGUUCUGCUAUUAUUGCCCUGUUAUCAUUUUUGAUAGGGACUCCUGGCUACAGGCACGCAAAGCCAUGUGGAAACCCUUUGCCACGUGUUGCUCAGGUUUUUGUCGCUGCUGCUAAGAAAUGGAACAUGGUUCCGGCCAACCCGGAUGACCUGUAUGAGGUUGAAGGAAAGGAUUCUGCAAUAAAAGGGAGUAGGAAGAUUAUUCACAGCAACGAGUUUGAAUUUUUGGACAAGGCAGCAACAAUAACGAAGACAGAUCUAGAUGGCCCAAAAAGUCCAUGGAGGCUCUGCACUGUGACUCAAGUUGAAGAAGCCAAAUGUGUUCUGAAAAUGUUACCCAUUUGGCUAUGCACUAUAAUCUACUCGGUCAUCUUCACUCAAAUGGCUUCUCUCUUUGUAGAGCAAGGAGAUGAGAUGAACACAAAGAUUGGAGCCUUUCACCUUCCAGCUGCUAGCAUGUCUGCCUUUGAUAUUUGCAGUGUCCUCAUCUGCACUGGAAUUUAUAGCCAAAUUCUAGUUCCCCUAGCUGGAAAACUAAGUGGUAAUCCCAAGGGGUUAACCGAACUUCAAAGAAUGGGUAUUGGGCUCAUUAUUGGGAUGUUUUCAAUGCUUGCAGCUGGUGCCACUGAGAUUCUGCGGCUCAAACAUGCAAUGCCUGAUCAGAAGGGUAGUUCCUUAAGCAUAUUAUGGCAAAUUCCACAGUAUGUUCUUGUUGGUGCCUCGGAAGUGUUUAUGUAUGUGGGUCAAUUAGAAUUCUUUAAUGGACAAGCCCCGGAUGGUAUUAAAAGCUUCGGAAGUUCACUUUGCAUGGCUUCUAUUUCACUUGGAAAUUAUGUUAGUAGCAUGCUGGUUAACAUGGUCAUGGGGAUUACUGCUAGAGGCAACAACCCCGGUUGGAUCCCAGAUAACUUGAAUACAGGCCACAUUGACAGGUUUUUCUUCCUAAUUGCAGUCCUGACGGCUUUUGACUUUCUGAUUUACUUGUUUUGUGCCAAGUGGUACAAAAGCAUCAACCUUGAGGACAGCGCCGAGAAGGAAAUUACCGAUAAGCAAGGUCGACAAGAAGAUGGCGUGCUUAGCAGAGUCUAGCGAUCUGAUCUUCACUACUUUUUGGUCAAGUCUGCAUAUUGAAUUAUUCCUAGUGGUAAGCAGAGUCUAGUGAUCUGACGUUUUAGCUAGGGUGAACAUUUCACAUGCAAUAAGGAAGCUGACCAUUUUCUGACAUGGUUGACCUCAUUUGAUGACCUAGCUGUGCUUUGAACCAAUAUUGUUAAUUAACUUGUAAGCUGGUUUUUUGUGGAGGUAGUAAAUGGUACGAAAUGUUUGUUUUUCGUGCUAUUGCUUUUUGGUAUUUUCUUAAAGAUCGAAGCUUGUGAUUUGUAAUACAUAUUAAAUAAACAACCCGCAUGGAUUACCCGUUGGGAUUGUUUAUUACAUAACUCGAUGGGAUACGUGC